CUCUAUCGGCGGCGCUGGCGGAGCGGUGUCGCCCCCUGGCGGCGCGGCGCGGCGGGCGCGGGUCCGGCAUGAGCGAGGCGCGGCUGAGGGCCGGGCGCGGCCCCGGCGGGGCCCGCGACCCCCAGGACAAGGAGUCGGAGUCUGAGAGCAGGCUGGAUGGAGAGACAGCGUCAGACAGCGAGAGCAAGUCUGAGUUCGGGGGGUCCUCCCCAGUGCCCACCUCAGAUGACACCCCAGAGGUGCUGAACAGGGCCCUGUCCAACCUGUCCUCGAGAUGGAAGAACUGGUGGGUGAGAGGCAUCCUCACGCUGGCCAUGAUCACCUUCUUCUUCAUCAUCAUCUACCUGGGCCCCAUGGUCCUGAUGACAAUAGUGAUGUGUGUGCAGAUCAAAUGCUUCCACGAGAUCAUCACCAUCGGCUACAACGUGUACCACUCCUACGACCUGCCCUGGUUCAGGACCCUCAGCUGGUACUUCCUGCUGUGUGUGAAUUAUUUCUUCUACGGGGAGACAGUGACAGAUUAUUUCUUCACGCUGGUGCAGAGGGAGGAGCCGCUGCGGAUCCUCAGCAAAUACCAUCGCUUCAUCUCCUUCGCCCUCUACCUGACAGGGUUCUGCAUGUUUGUGCUCAGCCUGGUGAAGAAGCACUACCGCCUGCAGUUCUACAUGUUUGGCUGGACCCACGUGACGCUGCUGAUCGUGGUCACCCAGUCCCACCUGAUCAUCCACAACCUCUUCGAAGGAAUGAUCUGGUUCAUCGUGCCCAUCUCCUGUGUCAUCUGCAAUGACAUCAUGGCCUACAUGUUCGGCUUCUUCUUCGGCCGCACGCCGCUCAUCAAGCUCUCCCCAAAGAAGACCUGGGAGGGUUUCAUUGGAGGAUUUUUUUCCACCGUUCUCUUCGGGCUGCUGCUGUCCUACGUGAUGUCGGGCUACCGCUGCUUCACCUGCCCCGUGGAGUUCAACAACGACACCAACAGCUUCACGGUGGACUGCGAGCCCUCCGAGCUCUUCCAGCUGCAGGAGUACAACCUGCCCGAGCUGCUGCACUCCGUGCUGGGCUGGAGGACCGUGAGGAUGUACCCCUUCCAGAUCCACAGCAUCGCCCUGUCCACCUUCGCCUCCCUCAUCGGGCCCUUCGGCGGCUUCUUCGCCAGCGGCUUCAAGAGGGCCUUCAAGAUCAAGGACUUUGCCAACACCAUCCCAGGCCACGGGGGCAUCAUGGAUCGCUUCGACUGCCAGUACCUGAUGGCCACCUUUGUCAACGUGUACAUUGCCAGCUUCAUCAGGGGCCCCAACCCGAGCAAACUGAUCCAGCAGUUCCUGACCCUGAGGCCGGAGCAGCAGCUGCACAUCUUCAACACCCUCAAAGCACACCUGGUGGACAGGGGAGUGCUGGGCAGCCUGGAGGAUGCAUAGGCAGGAGGUGGGAGCAGGACUGAGAGCACACAGGCCUCCCCCAGGGCACCCCCUGAUUUAAGACAAUAACAAGGCCUCAUUUCACUGUAACUUUUCUUCCUUUCUCGGUAAAUGUUCGCAUUCGUGGUUUAUUUUAUUUUAUUAUUUUUUUUUUCUAAAUAAUAUAUUUAUAGAGCUUUGGUUCAAACGAGCAAAUCUUGGGUUUGUAGCUGAGGAGGAGGUGAGGGUUGGGGGGAGCAGAGGGGGUGGCUGUCCUGCUGGGCUGCUCGGGGUGGCAGCUCUGGGGUGCUGAAUUGUCCCAGCAGCUCCUGCCUUGCACCAGGCAGAGGAGCCUGUGCUGAGCCCAUCCCACCUGCAGCUCCUGCAGUGCCUCUCACAUUCCCUCCCUCCUGGGCAAAUUCAGAUUUCUGUGAGCAGCCAAACCAGGAGCAGGCUGGGUGCAAGGAGCCCAGGAAGUGGCAGCUGUGGGUGGGAAUGUGGGAGCUGCAGAUUCCUCCAAAACCAAUGGCAGUAAAUGAGAUUUAAAGAGCAUUGAAGCAAUUCCUGCCAGGUGAGAGGAGCUCCUCCACACCUUGGUUUGUUUCCCCCAUUAAAUAACCUUUAGAAACCACACUUCAUUUCUCCAGGGCUGCAAAGCCCACCGUGGAUAUUUGAAGGAGCCUGGGGAGCAGUUUCCAGCCCCUUUCCUUGCUGGGUGGGCUCCAGCUGCAGCUGGGGCUUUGUUUUCUUUCAGGGAUCAUGUCUGUUUGUUACUUGAGUUGUAGAAGUCGUGCUGCUGAGUUUACCAAGGUCUGUGUUGCAUUUCAGUCUGGGUUCAUUUCUCUGCAGGCUUCUGUCACUGAAUCUUGUCAGAAGUAGUUUCAGAAGUAGUUUGGACUUUAUAGCUGCAGGUUUUAUUGAAGUACUUUCCUUUAUUUUGUCAUACUUUUUUUUUAUUAUUUAAAAACGAGAGCCCUGAAGAUUGUAAAACUUUCCUUUUUUUUUUUUUUUUUUUGUGACCAGAUAGUGAAAAUUUCCCCAUUUACACCUCGUGCAAACACAAGGGAACUCUGAUUUUCCUUCUUUCCAUACUUUGUGCACGGGAGAGAGAAACUUUCCAUUAUUUUAACCUGGGGAGUGAGGGACAGGGCAGAGCUCCUGCAGAAAUACAUUGGAGUUUAAGAGGUUGCUGCCACAAACCUUCAGCCAUACGUGAGCCCUGCACCUGCUUGGCACCAACAGAGAACAAACCACCUGAAAACGCCCCAAAUUCCGAGCUUUUCACAGCCUGAGUGUGUGUACAUCACAGCACAGGUGCCAGCCUCUCUCUGUGGCUGUGCCUCUGCUCCCUGGGCAGGGUUGGGUGGAGAGACAGGCUCAGAGCAGGCUCUGCUCUCACUGAGCUUUCUGUUUCUGCUGGCAAAGCCCUGCCCUGAGCAGUCCAGGCUGGCUUUGCUGCUCAUACGCAUUCCCCUGGUUGUGGAUUUCCCCUGUGGUUGCUCCCUUCCAGCUGGAAUUAGGUUUAUUUUCUAUCCAUGGAGCAGAUUUUACUGCGAGACACAGAAACUGCAGAGGAGAAGGGAGUGCUUCCCCCUGGCCCUGCCCAGGGGCAAUAUUUGGGCUGUGUUUGAUGUGGCAGUGCCCGGGGGCUCUCAGGAUUCUCCUGCCCUUUGCCCAAACCCCUCCCGUGCCUGUGGCUCCCAGGCAGAAGUGACAGUGUUGAUAAAUAUCCCAAAGCUGUGCUCUGUCCUUAGUGAGAAAUCCCUCCGUGGGUUUUUAGUCUCCUGCUCGUCUGCUUUAACCCUUUAGUUCCUCUGCUGCUGUGAGCAGCAGGGCAGAGCUUUGCUGCAGCUUUGGGGCAGGGCUGUCAGUGCUGGCUGUGGGCACUGGAGGGCAAAGCAGCUCCAGGGAGCAGCUGAGAGAGAGCAGCAGCUCUGCCUGGGCUGCCUGCCCUGUCAGAAAUUCAGAAAUGUCCUGGUCAGGAAUGAAUUGCCUGGUCAGAAAUGUCCUGAGCAGAAAUGUCCUGGUCAGAAAUUGAAUUCCCUGAGCAGAAAUGUCCUGAGCAGAAAUGUCCUGGUCAGAAAUGUCCUGGUCAGAAAUUGAAUUCCCUGAUCAGAAAUUGAAUUCCCUGAUCAGAAAUGUCCUGGUCAGAAAUUCAUUCUGUGAUGAGAAAUGUCCUGAUCAGAAAUGUCCUGAUGAGAAAAUUUCCUGAUCAGAAAUUAAUUCCCUGAUCACAAAAAUCUCUGAUCAGGCAAUGCCCUGAUUAGAAAAUUUCCUGAUCAGACAUUCCCUCAUCAGAAAUUCCCUGAUCAGAAAUUCCCUGAUCAGAAUUCCCUGACCAGCUUUAUUCCUGCCCUUCCCUCCAAACCCGGGCUGCUCCUCAGGGGCAGAGCUGUCUGGGAAGGUUUUCCUGCAUGGAAAAAUCACCUUUAAAAGCCAUGAAAGGGUGGAACAGUGGAUGCAGGGAGGAGGAGGGAAGGCAGCUGUAUUUGGGGUUGUUGCAGGUUGUGCAGCUGAGCUCACAGGGCUGGGAGCUGCCUUUGGGAUGGAGGGGGGAUUAAAAUCUUCUCCCACCUCCUUUGCCAUGGGCAGGGAAUGUCCUGCAGGUCUGGUCUGAGCCUGGAUGGGGAAUCUGGGGAGGAUGGAAGCUGCCGUGCUGGCUUGGGCUGUCUCUGGUGCCCAGGGGUGCUGAACCUGGGGAGUUUGGGUGACAGAGUGACCCAGGCAGGGCUGGAGCUCAGCCUGGACAGAAGGUUGAGAGCAGGAGAGGAGCUGGGCUUUGUGUGGGCUGGGAGGAGGGGACAGCCCCCCUGGCAGGGUCCCAGCCUGCUCUGGGGCCACCAGAGGUGGCAGUGCCCACAGGGGUGGCACACCGGGCACCCCCAGGUGAGCUUUGGGUUUGGGGCACAGCUGUGGACACCUGGGUGGGAAUUUUGUCCCCUUCCAGGGAAUGUGACAUCCCAGGGAAUUGCCAUCCCAGGGAAUGUCACACUCCAGGGAAUGUCACAUCCCAGGGAAUGUGACCCUCUAGGGAAUGUCACAUCCUAGGAAAUGUCACCUCCAGGGAAUGUCACAUCCUAGGAAAUGUCACAUCCCAGGGAAUGUUACCCUCCAGGGAAUGUCACAUCCCAGGGAAUGUCACCUCCAGGGAUUGUCCCCUCCCAGGGAAUGUCCCUGUGUCCCCUGUGUGCAGGGAGCCCCAGGCCUGCCUGGGGGGUCCUGCCCUCUCCCCCUGCCCUGGCUGGGGGCAGGGCAGGGCUGGGUGUCCCCCCUGGGGACAGCUCUGUCCCCAAAGCCCCGUGGCAGCUCUGAGCUCCUGUGCAGCCCCUGCUCUGCAGCCCUGGCUGUUCUUUCUCUGUGCUUUGUUUUUGGUUCCAGUUCUAGCUGCACACGUAGAGUUGCCUUCCUUUGACCGAAUGUUCGAAUGUGAAAUAUUGUAUAUUUUAAAGUAUUUACCCUAUUUAUAUACUGUAUGUUACUGUUAAAUAAAUAUAAAUUCCAUUA